AGAGAGGAGUUUUUUUUUUUUUUUUUUUCCUUUUUUUUCUUUUUUUUUUUUUUUUUAAACUAACGGAUUAUUAUUGUUGUUGUUUUAAAUUUAGCUCUUAGGGCUUAGCUGUUUGGGUUUUCUUUCGGUGCCGGCCCCUGUCUCCCCGGCUUCCCCGGCGUGUGCGGAGCCGCGGCCCCCGCCGCCCAGCCGCUCCAGCGCCCCUCGCUCGCCUCCAGCCCGCGGGGAGCGCGGGCGCCGCGCUGCCUUUAAAGUGAGACCAGGGGCCGCGGCUGUGACCGGCCGGGAUCCGGGCCUCGCCUCUUCCCUCGGCGCUAGGGCUCCCUGGCCUGUGUUCGGUGCGGACAGAGAAGCGAAAGCGGAUCGUCCCCGGCUGGACCGCCGCUGGCCCCGGGACUCAGCGCUCUCCCUCCGCGCACCCACCCACCCACUCGGCCGGGCCCGGCCCGGCCGCGGCGGCAGCUCGGCGCACCCAGCCAGAAUGUUCGCCGCCGGGCUGGCUCCCUUCUACGCCUCCAACUUCAGCCUCUGGUCGGCCGCCUACUGCUCCUCGGCCGGCCCGGGCGGCUGCGCCUUCCCCUUGGACCCCGCCGCGGUCAAGAAACCCUCCUUCUGCAUCGCAGACAUCCUGCACGCCGGCGUGGGGGAGCCAGGGGCGGCCGCGGAGGGUCUGGCGGGGGCCUCGGCCGCCGCCCUCACCGCGCAUUUGGGCUCGGCUCACCCGCACGCCUCUUUCCAAGCGGCCGCCAGAUCCCCGCUUCGACCCACCCCCGUGGUGGCGCCCUCCGAAGUCCCGGCUGGCUUCCCGCAGCGGCUGUCUCCGCUCUCAGCCGCCUACCACCACCAUCACCCGCAGCAACAGCAGCAGCAACAGCCGCCUCAGCAGCAGCAGCCUCCGCCUCCACCCCGGGCUGGCGCCUUGCAGCCACCGGUCUCCGGGGCGCGGGUGGCUCCAAACCCCCCGCACAGCGGCUCGGCCCCGGCCCCCUCUAGUAAGGACCUCAAAUUUGGAAUUGAUCGCAUUUUGUCUGCAGAAUUUGACCCCAAAGUCAAGGAAGGCAACACGCUGAGAGACCUCACCUCCCUGCUAACCAGCGGGCGGCCCGCAGGGGUGCACCUCCCCGGCCUGCAGCCCUCCGCCGGGCAGUUCUUCGCGUCUCUAGAUCCCAUUAACGAGGCUUCUGCCAUCCUGAGUCCCUUAAGCUCGAACCCGAGGAAUUCAGUUCAGCAUCAGUUUCAAGACACGUUUCCAGGUCCCUACGCCGUGCUUACGAAGGACACCAUGCCGCAGACCUACAAAAGGAAGCGCUCCUGGUCGCGGGCGGUCUUCUCCAACCUGCAGAGGAAAGGCCUGGAGAAGAGGUUUGAGAUCCAGAAGUACGUGACGAAACCCGACCGAAAGCAACUGGCCGCGAUGCUAGGCCUCACGGACGCCCAGGUGAAGGUGUGGUUCCAGAACCGGCGAAUGAAGUGGCGGCACUCCAAGGAGGCCCAGGCCCAGAAGGACAAGGACAAAGAGGCGGGCGAGAAGCCGUCGGGCGGAGGAGCGGCUGCGGACGGCGAGCAGGAGGAGCGGAGCCUCAGCCGCUCGGAGGGCGAGGCCGAGAGCGAGAGCAGCGACUCCGAGUCUCUGGACAUGGCCCCCAGCGACACGGAGCGGACUGACGGGGCCGAGCGGUCUCUGCACCAGACCACGGUCAUCAAGGCCUCGGCAGCGGGCGCCCUCCUCCCGGCCAGCGGCUGUGGGAGCGCGGGAAGCGGCGGCGGCAGUGGCGGCUUCAGCUUCGCCAGCCUCGGCGGCGGCGGCGGCGGCGGCGGUGGCGCGGGGAGCGGGGGCGGCGGCGCCUCGGAGCUGCUGCCGGCGCCCCAGCCCACCCUCAGCGGCGCUCCGCAGAGCCCCGAGCCCUCCCAGGCACCGCUGGGCGGCCCGUAGACUGCACGAGGCAGGGCCCCGGGGCCCGCGUGCCGCCCCCAGCCUCCCAGGGUGGGCUGGAUUUUGCGCCUGCUUUGUGUUGGCGGUGGGGCUGGGACCGGAGACGCCGCAGCGGAGCUACCUUGCCCAAGGUCCCAGCUGCCCAUCGCUGUCGCGCUGGUGCCCAGAGCCCAGGGGGCCCCGCCCGAGGACCCGGCGCCGGCCAAAACUUCUCCCCGGCAGCGAGCAGUUCAUACUGUGAAGUGUCGGACGAAACAGCUUCUCCCCGCACUCCGGGGGGUUGUGGCGCAAAGACGAGCUGCACUUAGGACGCCAUGAACUUGUAAAUAAAAUGUU